AUGGCAGUCAAUUUACUGGGUAAUUCAGAUGCUGAUGCGCGUGUUAUCCUUAAUGUCGGUGGCACACGUUUCGAAACAUUAAAAUCAACAUUAAAAAAACUACCAGCUACACGUCUAUCGAAACUAACCGAACAAUUAUCUUAUUAUGAUCCAAUAUUAAAUGAAUAUUUUUUUGAUCGUCAUCCAGGUGUUUUUUCUCAAAUAUUAAAUUAUUAUCGUACAGGAAAAUUACAUUAUCCCACAAACGUUUGUGGACCUCUAUUCGAAGAUGAACUAUCCUAUUGGAGUCUACAACGUGAAGAUGUUGAACCAUGUUGUUGGAUGACUUAUACAAAGCAUCGUUCAACAGCCGAAACAUUAUCAAUAUUAGAUAGUUUAGAAUUAGACACUGUACGAUCAUCUAAACAAGAAGUUCUGAAGAAAUUCGGUUGGGAUGAUAAUUAUGAGUAUGUUCAAGGUCGUUUGCCUAAAUAUAAAAAGAUGAUGAUGAUUACAUGGCAAAUAUUUGAAGAACCACGAUCAUCAACUGUUGCUAAAGUUGUAACUGUGAUUUCAAUAUUUUUUAUUCUUGUUUCGAUACUUUCCUUUGUUCUACAAACAUUAUCGAUGUUUCGUAUAACUGAAAUUGAUUUCGUUAACGUUUACGUUAAUAAAACAACGACAGAUCGAACACCAACAUUAAAUAGGCAACAGGUACAUCCAACAUUUGAUAUUGUUGAAUGGAUUUGUAAUUCGUGGUUUAUAUUUGAAAUAGUGAUCAGGUUUAUUGUGAGCCCCAGUAAAAAAGAAUUCAGUAAAUCUAUAUUAAAUAUAAUUGAUUUUCUCGCAACACUUUGGUUUUUUUUUACAUGGGCAUUAAUUAAAUUAAAUGUUAACGAUAACGAAGCGCUUGAUUUACUAUCGACCAUUCGUAUAAUGCGUUUGUUUAAAUUGUUUAAUCACCAUCCUGGUCUCAAAGUUAUUAUAACAUCAAUGAAAUAUUCAUCAUCGGUUUUAUGGUUAUUGAUAUUUUUUGUUCUUAUUGCAGUUGCUAUAUUUGCAUCCUUAAUUUACUAUGCCGAACGUAUGACGACAAAACAUCCUGAUGAGAAUAUGUUUACGUCAAUACCUGAUGCGUUAUGGUUUAAUAUGAUAACAAUGUCAACAAUAGGCUAUGGAGAUUAUUAUCCGAAGACAAUGCUUGGAAUGUUAAUUGGUGCUGUUGCAACAGUUGCGGGUGUAUUGAUUAUUGAUUUACCUAUGCCGAUUAUAGUUGAGUCGUUUGCAAAUUUUUAUACGCAUCUUCGUGCACGUUCAAAAUUACCUAAAACUCGACGAAAAAUUGGUCCAGCUGAGACACUAAUGAAAAAGCGAACAGCAAUAACAACCAUAGAAAAUGCACAAAAUCUUAGAUUACUUGGACAAGCAGCAAAAACAUCAAUGUUUGGAAGUAAAACUAUGAUAAAUAAUAAUCGUAUGUCAUCAAUGGCAUGA